AUGGAGUACCGAAACGGUGUUGCAGGACUGUCACUGCCUCCCAGCAGCAGCUUUGGAAUGCAGCAGUUUCCCAAUGCUAAAGCUCUACAUUUUCUGAGUGGACGAUAUCAAGAUAUCCCAUGGCGGAAAGACAAGAUGUUGAACUCUUUUCCGGGGGAUACCUCUGAGACAUCUGCCCUGUGUCUCCUGACUGUCAGUGAUUUGUUUCUUGUUCACCGCUUGCCUAACCUACCUCGAUACAUAGACCUAGGAAUGGCGCAGAAUACCCUGCCCGCCAGUUCAGAGCCCAAAAGGGAGCCAGCCGACCAUCAUAGCCUUGCCCCCCGGAGCUAUCGGAAGGUUCCUGACAAAGAUAUCGGACCGGAAUCUGCUUGA